AUGUCGUCGGCCGCCAGCGUCCUCCAAAAGCGCGGCAAGGAGGCCAUCGUCGCGCAGAUCCUGGGCUACCUCGACUGGCGGAGCCUGCUGCGCGCGAGCGAGGUGUGCGCCAACCUCAACGAUGUGGUGGCCUCUUCCUCGGCGCUCCAGCUCGAGCUGCGGCGCGCGUUCUACGCUCUGCCAGAUGACGAUGUGCGGCCCGACCUCCCGCCCAAGGAGGAGCUGGAGCGCCUCGUCGACGUGCAGCGCCGCUGGGCCGCUGUCGAGCCGGUGCGCGUCGACCAGCUGCUGCUCGGGGGCAAGAGCAACCUCUUCCGCCUGAUGCACGGCCUGCUGGUCGUUGCGUGGGAGGAGGAAGAGGAGGGCGGUGGUGAUGGGGACGAGGGCGCGGAGGGCACGGGGAACGGGGAUAGCGACGACGAAGACGAGGACGACAGCGAUGCCGACGACGAGGAUGACGAUGAUGACUCCAUGAACGACGGCGCAGAGUUUACCGAGCCCAUGUCCACGGCGAUACGAGUGUACGACCUCACGACGCUGCGCUAUCUCCCUCCCGACACGCCGCUCGACGCCCUCCGCAGCUGGACGUUCCGCCCCGGCUUCCCCUUCCGCACGCUGCAGAUCUCGCCAGCGGACAACCUCCUCGUCGUGAGCAGCUUCGACACCGAGUUGGUCGACGAGGGGGUCAUGGUGGAGAAGAGCUACAGCUUCUACGUGCUGGACCCCGCGCGGGCCGGUCUGGACCUCGAAGACCUCGGCACCGACCCGUUCCCUCACCCCCAGGCGAUCCACCCCGUGCUCCACUUCAACGACCUGUAUGACGCGCCCGAUCCAGACGACUACGACGUCGAGAGCGCCAACCAAUGGGCCGACUGCGACUUCCACCUCACUGCGCGCGGCACUAUCGUCGUCCUCAGCCCGCAGGACUCGAAAGCGUCCGUGUGGGACUGGCGCAGCGGCGAGCGCGUGCUCGACGCCGAGUCCUCAGGCGCGCCGGGUGGCAUCGUCGACGCGUACGUCCCGACGUAUGGGCGCGACAUGCUCGCUGUCGGCGUGUCGCGCUACGGUGGGGGCGACAAGGACGUGUCCAAGGCUGACGGCGUGCACGUCUCCUGGCUUUCGCCGGGGCGUGAAGGGGAGGAAGACACAGUGGUGUGCGGGGACGAAAGCCUCGAUACCAUUGGCAUGCCGGUCGAGCUGGCCAGCGAGGUGCGACCCGCGGCGGUGAAGUGGCACCUGCGCUUCCCGAUCGAGGCGGGGUCGCAGUGGACGACGCAGCUGGAUACGGACGUGGACGUUGCCCAUCGUGCCGGGCACCCGCUGCUGUUUGUGGCGGCUGCGGCCGAGACGUACGGGUACGCCGCGAUGAUUCGGCUCGACAAGCUGAGGGGGAGGUUGGACAGCGGGACAAGGAAGCCGCUCGCGCUCGGCGACUGGGUCGACCUCGCCGACUGGUCGACGUGGCAUGACCAGGGCGACGUGCUCGCGUCCGUGUAUGGCCUCACCGCGGUGCUGAUACAGGCACCGACGGAGGAUGACGGAGACGGGGGUGGUGGGGAUAGACCCGGGGAUAGUAACGAAGAUGAGUCUGAGGACGGCGGCGACGAUGGGUCCCAGAAUGGCGGGGGCGAGGAAGGAGAUGGCGACGGACGGCGCCGCUACACGAUCCGAGUGGCCAACUAUGGUCUCCGCGCCCCCUGCCACGCCACAGUCCUCGCCUCGCGCCAUGAGCAGGAUCACACCCCAGCGCCGCCGGCACCGAGUACACCCAGCCCCUUCAUCACCUUUAGCGAGCGGCACGACGCGUCCCGGCCCUCCGACGAGCGCUUCGAAACGGGCAUGCUGCUCGACAACGAGGCGAUGGCGGCGCAGAAGCAGCGCAAGAAGACCAACGUCCGGUUCUCCACUAGCCGCCCAUGGGGCUACGCAGCGACGUCGCGCGAGCUGUCUUGGCCUGAAGAAAUGGGAGAGCUGUACCGCGUCGACAUGGGCGCCGAGCACGCCGUGCUCUCCGUGGGCGACGGGCUUGUAAUCUUAUCAUUCUAGCGGGGUUAGUUGGAAGCGGUAUUAGUCAG